UUACUCAGGGACACAGAAUUGUUACUCAGGGACACAGAAUCGUUACUCAGGGACACAGAAUUGUUACUCAGGGACACAGAAUCGUUACUCAGGGACACAGAAUCGUUACUCAGGGACACAGAAUUGUUACUCAGGGACACAGAAUCGUUACUUUCUGCUUCACAACCACUUUUGUACGUUCAAAGAGUUAAAUCCUGUUUUAUGUUUGGGGUGCUUAUUGAAUUAAAGAGUAUGUCAGACAACACGCAGAGGAGUGGCAGAGGAGGCAAUGUUUCAGGAGCGAGCAGACGUGGGCAGCAGAGGAAGGGGUCGAGGCAGCACUAGUCGCAGCAGAGGCCAGUGCUCCCGGUGUCAUCCAGCGGUCGUGUCUCCACCGACAACCCUGCUGUCAUCGAUUGGUUGACUCGGUCAUCUUCCUCUUCCCAGGUCACCUCUGACACCUACAGCCAAUGGUCGGUGGUACGUCAGACACAACCGUUAGUUGGCAUGGCCCGGGAGCAAGCCCCUGUAAAUCACGUGUCCUCUACCUGCCCCUGUCCUUUGGUGUUCCCUCACCAAGCGAAGUAUCGCAUGCUGUGGGCUCAGCCCCCCACUGUACAGUGAGGAAAGAGCUAACAGAGGGCGGUCAGGAACGGGAGAGACAUCCGCCUCUUCAGCCAGCCAGGCGAAGAAGUACUGGCGAGGGAGAGUGGCUCGGUAGCCGUUCUAGAGACAGGUCUGUCUCCUGACCCA